AUGUACAUGCUUGUCAUUGGUUAUAUCAAGGAUGGCGAGAGUCCCCCUUCUGACGCUGUCAGGAUAUCGGAUAAGACCAGAGACAAGCUGGACAAGAUUAACAUCGAUGUCGCGAAGCAAUACAUGUCACUUGCCUACUCGCCAACCCACAACAAAGGUGCCGAGUCCGUUCGCCACCUGUGCACCCCGGACAGCUGGUUUUGGAGUCCCUCUACCUUUCCAGGAUGUCUCACACCCAUGGACUACGCCGAUUCACAUGCCCAAGUCAUGGCGUCUGUCAAUGAUCUGCAUAUAGUUCGCUAUGACCAGGAGUGGGCAAAGGACGGACAUGUGCUACUGCGAUAUACAGCCGAAGGAUCGCAUGCGGGAAAGCCGUAUAAGGGAAUUGAGAAGUCGGAUCCACCCCGGAAAGCGAGAUGGAGCGCUGCUGCUAUCUUUGAGAUCCAAGAUGGCAAAAUUAAGAGCUUCACGAAGGAUUGGGAUCAGAAGGUGAUGCAGAUAGCUGAUAAGACGGAUGAUGCAGAUCCAGCUUGGGUGGGCGCCGGUGCAAGAAUCGGAUGA